CCGUGGGCAGCUGACGGCUCCUCAGAGGAGACUGCGCUCAUUAACGGGCAAGGAACGGAGAGGAGCUGAGCUCUCCGUCGUCAUGGAGUAGCGCUACGAGAAGAAAUAUAUUAAUAAUAAUAAAAACAGCUUCCUGCCCGAAAACACGACUGACAUGUUCAAGCGCAGAAGAAACUAAAUUAUUCGCCCCGACAAACACACAAAAAAGGGUUUGUCGGUGAAACACACUAGACGGUUGGACUUUGUGGAACCUGUGGUGAUUUUCCUCACAACCUGUCCCAUGAUGUCCACGGAGGAGAUGCUGGCCGAGAUCGCGCGCCUGUCCGGCGAGCUGAACGAGACCACGCGCGAGAAGAUCCAGGCGGCGGAGUACGGGCUCGUGGUGCUGGAGGAGAACCAGGCGCUCAAGCAGCAGUACGACGAGCUGGAGAGCGAAUAUGACAGCGUCCGGCAAGAACUGGACCAGCUCCGAGAGGCGUUCGGACAGGCUCACUCCAACCAGAGGAAAGUGGCAGCUGAUGGUGAGAGUCGGGAGGAAUCUCUUCUCCAGGAGUCGGCAUGUAAGGAGGCGUACUACGAGCAGCGCGUACAGGAGCUCCAGGCCGAGCUCAGGCAGACUCGCAAUGCCCUCACCAACGCACAAUCGGAGAACGAGCGCCUAUCCACCAUCACCCAGGAGCUCAGAGAGAACGGUCAGGUGGUGGAGCUGCAGAGGUCCCGACUCCGUGACGACGUCAAGGAGUACAAGUUCCGCGAGGCUCGUCUGCUGCAGGACAACAGCGAGUUGGAGGAGGAAAACAUUGUGCUGCAGAAGCAAGUGUCUGUGCUCAAACAGAGCCAGGUGGAGUUUGAGGGCCUGAAGCACGAGAAUCGCCGCCUGGAGGAGGACACGCAGUUCCUGAACAGCCAAUUGGAGGAUGCCGUCCGUCUGAAGGAGAUAGCCGAGAGACAGCUAGCAGAAGCCCUGGAAACCAUCAAGACUGAGAGGGAGCAGAAGGCGUCUUUGAGGAAGGAACUGUCCCAAUACAUGAACAUCGGGGACUCCAUGUACCACAAUUCCUUGAGCAUCUCUCUGGAUGGGCUGAAGUUCAGUGAAGAUGUGAUGAUCGAGCCCAACAACGACGACCCCAUACACAUCUACGAAAACGGCUUUGACAAGAUCCCGAAUGCCGAAGAUAACCGGAUGUCCACGCCCAAAAAGGACCAGCUGUUCCAUCCAGCCCCCAGCCUCGUGGACGACUUGCUGAGCGAACUCAACAUCUCGGAAAUCCAGAAGCUUAAACAACAACUUUUGCAGGUGGAACGGGAGAAGGUGACGUUGGUGUCAACGCUGCAGGACUCACAGAAGCAGCUGGAGCAGGCCAACGGGGCUCUGUCGGAGGAGCACGAGAAGGUGAGCCGCCUCACUGAGAACCUGAACGCUAUUCGUAAGCUUCAGGCCAGCAAGGAGCGCCAGUCAGCCCUGGACAACGAGAAGGAACGUGACAGCAACGAGGACAGCGACUACUACGAGGUGGACAUCAACGGGCCUGAGAUCCUGGAGUGCAAGUACAAGGUUGCUGUUUCCGAGGCGGGUCACCUGAAAGAGGAACUGAAAACCGUGAAGUCUGAAUACACUGCUUGCCGGUCACAGUUUGAGGAGGAGCGUAGCCGACUGGAAAGCCAGGUGGCGUCACUGCGCUCUGAGCUCAGCACCCUGGAGUUAAGCAGCCGGGCAGAGCGUGAGCAACUGGCACGGAUGGAGAAGGAGUUACGCCGCGCCAGUGAGGCAGCCGGUGAGAGCCAGGGAAGCCUGAGCGUGGCACAAGACGAGCUGGCCACAUUCAGCGAGGAGCUCGCCAACCUUUACCACCAUGUUUGCAUGUGCAACAAUGAGACGCCCAGCCGUGUCAUGCUCGACUUCUACCGCGAGGGCAAAGCCAACGCUGGCACCAACGGCAACAAUCGGGGCAGCCCUGAAGGCCGUGGUCGUCGCUCACCCAUCCUGCUGACACGCGGCCUCUUCCCUACCCCUGAGGCAGAAUCUCCGUCCCCUGUCUCUUCCCCAGUGGCUGACCCGCGCAAGGAACCAAUGAACAUCUACAACUUGGUGGCCAUCAUCCGUGACCAGAUCAGACACCUGCAGCUGGCCGUGGACCGCAGCACAGAGCUGUCCCGUCAGCGUCUGGCCUCUGCCGAGCUUGGUCCCACCGCUGAUCGCGACCACGAGGCCAGUGUGGAAGAGAUUCUUAAGCUCAAGUCUCUUCUCAGCACCAAGAGAGAGCAGAUCGCCACCUUGAGAACGGUCCUCAAAGCCAACAAGCAGACUGCUGAGGUAGCACUCGCCAACCUGAAGAGCAAAUACGAGAAUGAGAAGGCCAUGGUGACUGAGACAAUGAUGAAGCUACGCAACGAGCUCAAGGCCCUGAAGGAGGAUGCCGCCACCUUCUCCUCCCUUAGAGCCAUGUUUGCCACCCGCUGCGACGAAUACGUCACUCAGCUGGACGAGAUGCAGAGGCAGCUGGCAGCAGCCGAGGACGAGAAGAAGACCCUGAACUCGCUCCUUCGCAUGGCCAUCCAGCAGAAGCUGGCCCUCACGCAGCGUCUUGAAGACUUGGAGUUCGACCACGAGCAGACGCGCCGGAGUGGAGGCAGCGGCAGGGCCAAGUCCUCGUCCUCCCGGGCCAAGGCCGCUCAUAGCCCUGCGCAGUCACAUGUAAGUCCACCCCUCACUGCCAACUGCGGGGGUCGAGGCGAGCCCAACGGCCUCCUGGGAACACCAGCUGUGUUCUGCAGCGAAAAGUACAAGAUCUACUGCGAAUAAAAGCGUCGCGUGGCAUGUUUCAAACAGUGCUUCUCGGUGUACAAAGCCCCACUCACAUGUGCUCUCUCUCUCGCUCGCUAUUUGCUGUACGGUGUGUAUCUCUAUGCCUUAUGUUAUGCCUACCGGUGUGAUAGUAGCUAGGUGAAAAAAGAUGGCUAAUAUGAUAGCUGCCAUUCAUGUGUUUUGCAGAGGGCAGUUUGCUUCCUUCUGUAUUCACGGUGCUGUAUAUUAAGUGGCAGCUCCAUAUCUGAGUGUAUGUUAGCGCGCACAUGGUUCUCCUGACCACUAGUACUGCAAUGGCGUCGUGUUGUGGUCGUGAUGUAUACCUAGCUGCCAUCCGCACCUUGGUAGAUUUCCUUCCCCUUUUCCCUUUCUCUAACACAUCCUCCUUCCUUCUUCCUGUCCUUCUCCCCCCCCCCUCUCUCUCUCCUGCCUCAGAAAAGCAUUCUUUAUACCCGGCAGCCCGUUGUCUAAUCAGGUAACUAAUGUUUACAUUGUAUACACAUAUAAACAAUUUUAUAUGCAAAUCCCCUACUUCAAAACAAUAGGGGAGGACCACUGGCGUUGAAGUGGGGAAAAAAAAAACUGAAAGCAAAACAACGGGUACUGAAAAUUUGGGAGCGUUUUUCUGCUCUGUCUUGAUCAAUUAGAGGUAGGCAGGAGUGGGGGCAAGAGUUUUUAUUAUUUUCAAAAUGGCAAGCUUAUGGCCAAGACGUAUAUAGCUAAUUGUUUGCAUGCAAUUUGCUAGAUUCUUGGCUGCAAAAAAUAUACAAUAUAUAUACAUAUAUAACAUAGUGUCCUAGGUUCUGUCUCCACCUCGAGCACACUUAUAAACAGGGCUCUACAUGAGGGGAUGAUUAUCACAGAGGAGCGUUUCCUCUCUCUCCAUAGAUCCAUCCCCCAAACAUGGAGAGAGUCCUUCAUAGCCAUAAAUAACACUGGAGCAUAAAGGAGGAGGGGAAAAUCAGCUCACUCCCUCAAAUUCAAGUGCACUUCUGCUAGGGGACUCAGGUUCCACAUUUCGCCACACAAAAAAGGCAGAUCUGAUCUUUAAAAAAAAAAACACAAACACACAAAACAAAACACACCUUCGAUUGGUGAUGAUUCAACAAAAAAAAAAGAGCACAACACACAAGGCACACUCGUUACGAUGCCGAACGAUUAACGAAGAGUGACAACAAACAAAAAAGCAUCACCUUGGAAAAGUGCCUGUCUUUUGCUUUCUAUUGGCAACUGUCCAUUUCUCAGUGUAAAGCCCUGUCCUUUGUGUCUGAAAGCUAAUGCUAAUCUGCAUCAUCAUUCUGUCUCACCCCCCCAGCGCUUGUGUGUGAAUGCAUACUUGCAUGUGCGCACGAGUGAAUCCUCUCGUAACAAAAAAAGAAAACCCUUUCCCUGGCUUCUAUCACCGCUCUCCUUGCAGAUUGUCAGCAGCUUGCUCUGUCUGCCUCACCACUUUCCCUUUAAACACCGCCAGGUACACUUCCCAUAACAUUGUCCCAUCAUGAUGCACGCUCCUCUCACACGAGCUUCGGUAACGUCCCGAAGCAGCGCGUGAAGGAAGCCAGCCGUGUUUACAAUUCUAGUUUGUGACUCACAAGCUGGAUAUUUCCACGGCACCACGUCACUACGAGUAGAUUCAUAAACUAAAUAAAGCUUUAAAAUAGCAAGCUGAUGCUAGGGAAAUGAACAAAAAAAAAAAACCGUGUGGGGCUUGUAGUUAUUUUACACUUAUGCUGGCGAUGAAAACGUUUUUUUAGCUUUAUUAGCCUAAAAAGCAGGGUUGAGGACGGACGAGGAAAAGUCAAAAUUAUUAGGUAUUGUAUAUUCGUAAAGAAAUACUAUUCAGGUAAAAAAAAAAAAACCUUCCCAUGCUAGCUUCCUCCUAACCAGAGGAAGUACAUUGUGUGUGUGUGUGUGUGUGUGAGAAUCUGUGGAAGAUGUAAAGACCUCAGUCCUCAACUCUGCUUCUGCCUGUGCUGCAUUUAAAGCCCUCGUUAGGCCUUUAGAUAACGUACUGUAUUAAAGAGACACAAAGCUAUCGCUCUCAUCCUUCUCUCACACUCACGUGAACACACAGCUUGGAUCUGACCACUCUUUUCUGUUCCUCCAUGCAUCCCGUAAGCGACGAGCGAAAGCUUAAGACGGAGUGUUAGACUUUUUAUGAUACGUGCAGAGAUCAAGUUGUUCAAAUCAAAGGGCAAAAAUGGUGAAUUUUAUACUAAAAAAUGUUCUUUUUGUUAUGUACUCGGAGAUCAUUUUAUUCGAAUUACGUUUCGAUUCAUUAAUUACGUCACGCUUGACUCGUAGCGUUCUGAUUAUUAAUGGCGCGUGAUUAGUGAUACGAGUCUGAGGAACUUCUUCCUUAUGUCUCGGACUCACACACAGCAUUCAACCUGGCUUUUUACUAACACGCAUGACCCACCUCACGCAAUGCAACAUGUGGGUGGAGUCUUACCAGGAGAUGGGCGGGGUUUUAAUAUUUGUGAGCCAGUGGCUUUCCUGUGCUUGCUGGGGUUUUUUUUUUGGUUUUUUUCCCCCUGAAACUUUUUAAAAAAUCCUUUAAAUUCUAAUUCAAACACCAGCCAUGUUGGUUUUCUGGUGACUAACCUGCUAAUACUCUCGCUUCUACUUCAUUUCAGCCGACCAAUCAGACUUUUCCAUUGGCUCUCUGCACUGCUUGCAGCCAUUUCUUCACACAUCACUGGCAGCAUGCCACCGAAUUUAUUCAUUUCAACUCCUUUUUAAAAUUCAACAUUCUAAUAUCGAUUCUUUUCUUUCUUUUUCAUUUUGCAGUAAAUUUCAGCCCCUAGUUGAGCGGGGAAGUCGCCAUUCCAUCAUGCUGAUAAAUUCACUCUGCUUUUAGCCCAAAGGAAAUCCACUGGAAGACAAAAAUAUCUGAUUUUAUUUUAUUUUUUUCUACAAUCUAUUAAUUCUCACAGGAAAUAUUUUGACGAAUGAGUACGAGCUAUAAACACUAAAAGGCAUCAUUACCAUUUAAUUAUGUAUUUUAUUUCAAUUUUUUAGUUCAGUAGGAAGCCUGCGCUCACAAAUAAUUAAACUCCGCCCACAAGAGUUUAGAGUCCGAUCGGAAAAAACCGGAAACGAGUCGUUUUAGUCGUUUUGUUUGGUAAACUGUGCACUUUUAAUAUAGGUAUAUCGCUUUCUUUAUUAAUCUAGGGUUAGGUUUGUAGUGCUUUGGUUUGUGAGUCAGUUCAAAUAUACUAUAUACUCCACAUAUAUAUAUUUACAUAUAUAUAUAUCAAUAGUAAUAGUAUUUUCUUCUCCAUAUAUGCACUCUGUAUGCAAAGGACAGAGAUCCACUCACAUAUCCAAAACUACUCACACUGCAAACCAGUCCUAUUGUAUUCUGUGAAAUGAAUCCAUGAGCAUUUUUAGCAUUUUAUAUAUAUUUUUUUUUUAUAUAUUCACUUGAUCAUUUUGUUUGUGUGGUUUUUUUUUUUUUUUUUUCGUUUUCUUUCAUUGUUUAUUCUACUGCCAUAUUCUAAAACAAAAUCCCGGGUGGUCAGAUGCUGGGCUUUUUUGUCUAUUUAUUAUUCUUAGGAAUAGUUCAAAGUGAACAUGGAGAAACUUGAUGAUAUUUUUUUGGCUUAACACAGUAAAGCGCGCUUCAAGCAAGAACAAAAUCUACAGCGGUUGGGGUUUUUUUUUUGGUCCUGCAGCGGCGCUUUACUCAAGCUUUUCUUACGGAUCGCUGAUUUCACGAAUUCUCUGCAAAGCGGAAAAAUUAAUUCCAAAUUGGAAUGGUCUCAUUCUCUCUUUAUUUAUCGUGCCAAGUCUCGGUACACUGUUUUAUGUGAUACGAGGAGGAAAAAAAUAAAAACGGAUCAGAAAGAAGAGAAUUGCUCGGGUGGGUGUGAUUUUUAUUUUUAUUUUUUAUUUUAUUUUUUUAAUCGCUCCCUUUGCCCACCCUUUGAGUAUUUACGUUCGUUUUUUUUUCUUUCUUUUUUUUUCUCAGUUUGUUUUGCUCUUCGUUCUGACCAGUAGUGCCUUUCAUUGUUUCAAGAGAGAAUUCUAGCCUAGGGUUUUUAGUUCUUUGUAGUUGUUUCCCUCUCCUGAAGGCAAGAGGAUUGACCAGAAUUUCUUCCUUCAGAGGAUGCUUAGAAGCAGCAAUAAGUGCAAAAGACACACAAUCAGUUUUGCGAGCGUGUGUUUUGUUAGACAUUAGGUUCAAUGAAAUUGCAGGGAAUUCUUGAGAUCAGCGAGCCCUUUAGCAAAUUCAGGGGUUUUAGCAAAAGGUCUUUUUUUAAAUAAAAUAAAAAAAAAUUCAAGUGAUGGGAAUCAGAAUUAGUCCUAUUUGCCUCGUAAUGAACAAAAGAAUUGACAGACGCUGCACGUUAGUGUGGUGUUUGCAGGUGGAGACUGGUGUAUCUAUAGCUUUGUUUGGUGAAGGUAACGUGGUAUUGAUAGUAUUGUUGACAAAUGAGCGAACUCGUGUCCUCUUUUUGUCUAAUUUACGUUUGUUUUUGUUUUUGUUUAUCCUUUUUUUUUUCCGUUGUUUUAACAUAUCCUUUAAGCAUUGUGAUUUCAGGAAACAGAAAACAUUUUGCAUCAACAAGCUUGAAUAGUGCCAUGAAAGUCACAAUUGGUUUGUUGAGGCAUUGAAAAUAAACCCAAUUAAUAUGUUUGGGAAGUGAGCAAAACUGAAAACAAAGGUCAAUUAAGUGCAAUUCACACUGCUGAUUUUCGAAAGCAAAUGAGCUUUUCUGUUUGCUGGAAGCGAUAGUGUUGUGUUAUUCAGCUAGCUGAUAACUUUAUACAUUCACAUUGUGUUCAGUAUUGAUCCGCGAGGAGAGUUUGAUAACUUUAUAUAAAAAAAAAAAAAAAUGAUAAU